AUGUCAACUUUGGAUGGUGUAACUGAGUCAAAUAUCACUGAAAAUUUUGUUGCCUAUCAAGUGCAACAACAGGCCAAAUCAUACUUGCCAUCAUUGAAUACUGAAAUGGAUGAUACGCAUCUGCAUCCAGAUACUAUAGACUUGACAGCUGAGUUGGCUAAAGUGAACCACAACGUGAUUGAAAUUGACUCACUGAAGCUAGACACCAACCCUAUUAUGAAAUCAGACGCAAUAAACCAAAGCUUAUUUUUUACUCACGAUCCAGCAAAGGAAGUUUCGACUUUAGAUAUACAGCAUACCCUCGUUUGUUCGAAUUCAGAGCCCACUCAAUAUUCACUCUAUUUAAUUGCAUCACAAGACGAAUGUUUGCCCCAACAAAUCAAAAUUGAAUCAGUGUCAACUCCAGAUGUAUCUGUUCAAAUUUUGCAAAAUGAUAUUACUGUUCCAACUCCACCAUCUGUACAGCCUUUGCAUUCGAAUCCAGCUAGUAGACCUACUCAUUCUUCAUCAUUUCAUAAUGGUCUUUCAUGGGCUCGUCAACGAUCAUACAAAUUAGCGCAAACAAACAUGAGCGAUUCGACAAAAUUAUUGGAGCUAAAAAAUAAUCUUUUACACGAUCGGCCACUAAAUCAAAAUAGUGCAGCUACUUUGCAUGAUCAUGACUGCGAUACCAAUUCAAAAUCAUCCGCGUUGAUUGCAUCACAUCCUUCUUUUGAGCCAAAGCCUAUCUUUCACUCACAUCUGAUUGAACAAGAAAUCCAUUCUACGCAUGAGGGGUUUCAGGAUAUUCCACUGCAAAAAGUGGUAGAUAUUGACGGUGUUGCUCAUACUUUGAUGACCAGUCGAUCUCGACUGACAUCUCCAUUGCCAGAAACUGCUGAAGAUGAAAGCCCAUCAUUUAUAUCGAUGCGACACUCCGUUCCAACUCGAUUGCACGCUAAUCCAAAAGAACUGCCAAUGAUCUUCUCAUCAAAAAUCGCCACAGGACCAACGUAUACGUCUCGUUCAUUUUCAGAGCCUAAAAUGGCUGAAUAUUUGAUUAAAAGGGUGGAUGAUGUAUCAUUUAAAGAGUCUGUUCCAGUCAUCUCUGUUACAACUGAAAUAGAUGCUAUACAAAACGAUAAUAGUAUACGUACCAGUGUUUUUUAUGAUCCAAUCCAGCUCGAUAGCAAUGUUGACAAAGCAGAUGACCUACACACUAAUUUUUCUGUUCAAGUUAUGAUACCUGCUCAAACUACUCAAGACAAUGAUUAUCAAGUCAUACACUCAACUGAUACCACUCGUGAUGUGUCUAGUAUGAAAGCUACACCUUUAGAAUCUACAUCUGCUCUUGGCGCUGUUAAAAAAAGGGUUCAAAGUAAACUACCUGUUGCAUCUACUAAUGUUAAACAGCUCGAUCAAUGCGAUGGCUCAAGGAAUGUAUACGGAUAUGUUCAAGAUCGUUCGGAUAUGUGCCAAGCCACGAAAAUGACUCAAAAAAUACCAAGCCGCAUCCCUGUUUGGAGUUGUCGCAGAGUUUCACACCUGUCUAAUGUAGAUCUCCAGAAAACCCAACGUGCGGAAAAUGACCCAACACGCUACUUGAACAGCAGUACCAAAGUAGAUAUGAUUCAUAACGCAAUAGACUUGAAAGUCAAACCCCAAGAAAUCAAUGGCAGUCAAGAUGAUAAGCAUGGUAACACUCUAAUCAACGAUAUACUAGACAACACAGCACAGUUUAAAUCAAACUCAUUUGCGCAAUUAUAUCAAAAACCGUCACUGUCAAUCCAGCAAUCCAAUCAGAUUUUAAUUGAAAGCCGAUCAAGUCAAAAUAACACUGAUUCAUUGCCUACAUUGGAUAUCAAUCCGACUUUGGAGAGGCCAGGAGCAAGGGAAGGAGUAUCUAGAAAAAGUGUUCAGAAAUUGUCACAGCAUCUUAAAAAGCUUUCAAAACAGAAAUCAAAAGUAAAAACAAAUCCGAGUCAUCAUUUCAAUGAUGGAGUUAUUCUUCCCUAUGGCAAUUACAUGCUACUUACAAGACAUGGUUUGUAUAUUCGCGAUCCGAAUUUAAAGGGAAAUCAGUCCAAAAUUCCACUCCAGCCCAAUGAAAACAGUACCACUCUAAUGCAAUGGUAUCAAGAUAUGUAUCAGUCCAAAAUUGGUCCGUGUCUUCCGCCACUUGAAAAACGACCCAUAUCAGACCGUUUAAGACAGCGAUUUUACAAUAAUCAUUCUGAUCAACACAAACCAGACAAUCUCUUGUCUAGAUAUAUCCAGCCUCUUCCAAUUUCUAGAAGCUCCUUUUUAAUCAAAAAACCCUUGGCAAAAAGCAUAGGCUCGUUUAGAUUUAGACAUUAUACCGCACGAUGUGAUUGCAGACAAUGCAUAGAUUUGGGUUCUACGUCUGUCAACCCUUGCACGUUUUUAAAGCAUGUGUCAGAGUUACAAAGUGGAUGUAUUGACCAAAGUAGUAAUGCUGAAGCAUUAUCCCCAUCGUUUAAUAUAUCACAUCCGUGCCAUAAAAUGUAUGGUGUGUCGGGAAAUGUGCACUGGCGGGAACAAGCUUUGCGCGAUUUGAAAAGGCAACAGAUUGCGAGUCCUGAAUGCAACAACUUUGUAAAGUCAGAUGACGUAUAUCAAAAAAGUGAUUUCAUUCAAGGCAAUUGUAGUCAUCAGGAUGGAGAGAAUUUUUCAUUUUGGUUACCUGAUACAUCUGAAUCAAUUAAGCAAGAUAAAGCGCAUUGUUUGAAUCGAUGCACAAGGCUGGAGUCUGCACAGGAAGUACACGCAGAUCCAAACGCUCAAAUUUUGCUGGUUCAUUUGGAUCAACUUGCAAGCAAGCAUCCGCUUCCUUGGCAUAUCCAGCAAGAUCAUCAGCAGCAAUUCUGUAGCCACUAUAAGCAGUUGCCUUCAUCUAAACAACACAAUCGUCAUGUAGUACCACGUAUUCCAUUAUUAAUGCAUUACAAAAAUACAACAUCUCUUUUAGAUUCGUCACCGAUUGAUCAGAAUAGAUAUAAAACCAAUCACAGAUCACCUAUCGUUGUACCAAAAAUGCUAGGAAAUCGAUUUAUGGUUGGCAAGGAUUUAAACCGAGUGUAA